AUGCUGCUCAUGCCCAAAAAUCCUGUUACCGCUAUUCAGUUUCGUCCGAAAGCUCGCAGAGGAAUCCCAAAUAUGAUGCACCGAGUUGCUGUCAGAGAGCAACCGCGUUAUUGUCUAAACCGCUCCCGCUCCUCUGCCCUCCAAACACCGCAGACCUGCACCCGGACCAGCACUUCUAUCUGCCGUCUUCGUGUCAAAAAUAACAAGCAGCCCGUUGAGCUAACACUAAGGGUUAUUUUCUGCCACAGCACAGCGCUGAAUGUAGCAGCAGCUGAUCUCCAGCAGCUCGAUUUAAAUGCCGAGUCGAAGGAAACCCGAGUCCGGCGGAAGUGCCCAAAGGCUGGCUACUACCCACCGUGGUCCCGCCCAGUGAUGCUGGGACUGAAGCCGGGAAGGACGACGCCAUGA